UUUUUCAAAAAUUUCGUUUACAAUUAAAAGUAACAUAAAUUCAAUUCAAUUUUUUUUAAACCGAAAAAAAAACACAAGAAAUAAUUUCUUUAAAUAUCAUUACUUACAUCGUUGUAUAGAACAAAUAAACUGUCGCUGUAUGCGCUUUGAAUGCGUUGCUUUAGAUCACGGCAUUUAAUCGUUGAUGUUAAAUCAAUUUUACCAGUUGCCAAACGUUUUAAAAUUAAACUAGGUAUGGAAAAAUUGACGGCCGAUCGUAUGUGACCUUCUUGGAACUCAUUUGAACUACGACAAUCUAAAACAAUCAACGAUUUCGUAGGCGAUCUCAAUUCGGAUUGAAGCCAUUCCUUCGAUACAGCAUCCAUAUUGUGUUCGGGCAUUGUUACGUUUCGUUUGUGUUUUCUUUUUCUCUCUUACUCUCUACUUUUCCUUUAUUAAGAACGGCGCGCGGAUAAUCUAUCGAAUUGGUCCAAGUUCCACUUGAAGAAUAUCUCACUAGACAUACAGUCGAAAAACGCAGCAAUUAAAUUCGUUGAAACUAUUUCAAUUACGUUGGCUACUAUUCUCAGGCGAACACAAGAAAACAGCGAGACAGAUUAAGCACUGUACUGAGAUGUUGUCUGUAAAAAAUGAUAAGAGUGGAAAAAACAAAACAACCACCGCCAACAGCAGCAGUGGCAGCAAAACGAUCAAUAAUCUACGCCCAUUUGAAAAAGUUCCGAUUUUCGUGGUUGAAGAUCAUAACGAUGUGCUUCGUUACAUUUAUCGUUGUCUGGGCGCACGACGAAUUCCAUUUACCGCUAACAAAAUUCUUCAUUUCGACAGUCAUCCCGAUAUGACCAUACCAAAAUCGAUGCCAGCCGAAUUUGUGCGCGACAAAGAUAAAUUAUUGAACACCGUUUCGAUUGAAAAUUGGCUAAUGCCAACAGUGUAUGCCGGUCAUAUUGAUCAAUUGAUUUGGAUGAAGCCACACUGGGCCAAUCAAAUUAAUGACGGCGACUAUGAAUUUUCGAUUGGCGACCAUGCCGGACAUAUUCGAUGUGAUUCAUCACUUGAAUAUUUCUUAUCAGAGGGCACAUAUCAACCAAAAUAUAAUUUAAAUAAUCAACGUUUAGUUAAUCUUCGUGUAUUUACGCUAAAUGAACAAUUGAUAAGCGGUCAACAGCAGUCGCACUCAUCAUCAAUGGAAGAUUUUCGCUGUGUUGAAUUUCAAAAUUGCGCUGAUACGGACAACGAACAAUUUAUAUUAGAUAUCGAUUUAGAUUUUUUCAGCACGGCUAAUCCAUUUAAAAAAAUGUUACACGAACAAGUUUAUGAAGAUCUAAAGCAUUUGUUCAAAGGGAAUUUUUUUGAUGAAGCUUUUGAUACCAUGACAACGUCAUCAAACGAAAAUGAAUUGGCCACCUUCACAACAGAACGGUCCAAUUUUUUAGACGAUUUGCAAGACAUUUUUCAACAACUCGACGACCAUAUCGAUAUCGAAAAUAUUUGCAUGCCAAACACAUUGACAAAAUAUAAAAGUCAAAUAAAAAAUUUGGUGCAAAAAGUUAAAGAAAAACAUCCAAACAAUGUAAUUGAAUGGCGAACGAUAUUCGAUGCUGGUUGCACAUUUGAUUCAAAUGAACUACCACACCAUAUUUCAAAUGAACAUGAAAUUAAUCAGCUUAUAGCCAGUUUUAAGCGAUUUUUAGAAACAUUUCGCUAUACACCAUCGAUAAUUACAAUAUCAAGGUCAUCGGAAGAUGAUUAUUGCCCAGCCGACAAAGUUGAUUUAAUACAACAGCUCGUUUUAGACACCAUUUUUUAUGUAUACGGUGAAAAGGUCAAUAACAAGCCCAUUUUUUAUUAUAAGGAUGAAGACGGAUGGACGGUUUAAAUCGCAUUUUGUUUUUCUAUCAAUGUCGAAAUUUAUUCUUUGCGCUUUUUUUUAUUGAAACGAUAAGAAAAUUGAACAGACGAAUUUUCAACCAAAAAAAUUCAAAGUAUAAAAAUGC